AAGAAUGGCCAGAUCAAUACCAAGGAUCAUUGGAAUAUGCAAUUUAUGGAUGAUAACAACGUAUUGUUGAGAUUGACCAAUAAUGAACCUGCCUACAGAAAAGAAGCUGCCACUGUUGGAGAUAGAACAUUGUUGAUUAUGUACUAACCAAGAGAAGUCGUAUUCUCAACCUACACUCUAGGAACUGUUGAUAGUGGAUUAAUUGCCAAUAUUAGAAAACCAACACCAGUUGGAAACAACUUCGGUGUUUGGACAUACGUCUGGUUCGGAUACAGUUGGCCUAAGAGAGCUGCCUCAGGAGUUGUCAAAUUCCCAACAGAAACUGCUGUUGUUCCUUAUGAAAAUGUCUUACAUAUGAUACCUAAAUACUUUGCUAUGUUUGUUGGUUCAGAUGGUAUGUUAGGAGGAUGGGAAGGCCCAAUUAGAAAGGUUGGAGCAGUCUUUGGAAAAGGAGCUUAUGUUGAUACCAAGAAAGGCAACUUCGAAUCACUCCUACCAGAAGUCUAAAGUUUAGUUGUCAAGAAGACUCAAUGGAAACCAGAGAAGGAUGGAUUGGUCUAUGUUCCACAAGGUGAAAAAUUCGAUCAACCAGGAUACGAUGUCACAUUCAAGGAAGAAGUUGGUGGUGUUAGUGAAUAUGGUUAUGGAUUGUGGACAAGAUGGUUAAUGACUACUCCUUAAAGAGUUAAUGAUAAGUCACCAUUCCAUCAUCUCGUCAGAUUGACAAAUACUGAAAAAUAUGAAGACAAUGCUGAAUUCGGUAAUAGAAUUUUAGCUACUUGGGUUGGCAAGGGAUACUAUCACUUCACUACUUAUGACAAGAAGACAAACAAGAUUUCUAUGGCUCAAAACGUUAACUACGAUGAUUAUCUUGAAGGACACUGGAACUAUGUUUACUAUUCAUUCACUUCCAAGGAUCAACAAAGAGCAGUUGGUUUCGUUCUCUUUGGAGAUUUACCUGAAAAUGCUGUUGGAAGAAUUGAAUUCAUUGAUAUUCAACACACCCCUUUGAAUGGAUACGCAAGAGUUGUGGUUGCCAAUAAUGAAUUUGGAUAUCCUGCUUUCAAUGGUAUGAUCUCAGAUUUUAGAGUCAAUUUCGGAUCAGGUUUUGUUGGAUCCAAGUAAUAAUUCCUCUAAGACAUCAUCUAAACUUAUCCAAAACCAAAUCUCAAGGUUCCACAAAGAACAGAUGUCAAUGUUAUCAGAGAAUAAAAGAACUUCGAAAAGGAAAAUCCAAAUCCAAUUAAGGCCUUCUAUGAUUAAUAUUAAGGUGUCCUUGAAUAUGCAGUUUCUGGUUGGUUACAGGCCAAGAAGGGAAGCAGCGAAGAGACUGUUAAAUCAAUCUUCAGAUUGACCAUCAAUGCUCCAGGAUAUUAGAAGGAUGCAACCAAUGCUGGUGAUAGAACCUUAGCUGGUUUCUAAACUAAGGACUCCUUCAUCCUAUCCACUUAUGAUUAUGGAAAUCUUGACACCAAUGAUGAUGAUCAAAACGAUUUAAAUACCAAAUUCUAGAUCAAGGAAAAUCAAGGAGAGUGGGUCUAUCUCUACUUUAGGAUACUCUUCAAAAUUAAGAAAAGGAUUUGCUUAUGCAUUAUAUCUAAAUAGAGAGGAUAGUUUCUAAUUCAAUGGACUCAAACACUUUGUUCCAAAUCAAUUCUGGUUCUACUUAGGAGCUGA